CUGUGCUCUGUACAGCUAGUUUCUGUUCAGAAAACGGAAGUGUGUGCCCUGCCCAGCGCAGUGAGCGAGGAGAGAGAGUUGGGAGCUGCAAGGCGCAUGCUGAAGCCCCCAGCCUCUGAGGCUGGGACGCUCACUUGUCAUCUUCACGCCUCGGUGCCGCCCAGGCUGGGACAGAGAGAGCCAACGCCCAGAAGAAGCUACCCCCUGCACAGAGCUGUGGGGGACUGGUGCCAGGCUGGGUUAACGCUGACUUGCGAUCAGGGCUUGGAAACCUCCAGUGGCUCCUGAGUGUGCUGGACAUACUGACCCCUUCCUUCUGUUCUUGGGGAUGUCCAGCUACCCAGGAAAGGCUCCCGUUCUUCCCAUAAGAGCAGGAAAACUGCGACUGGGCCCAGAUGCCCACAGGCAGUGACCCUGAACACCGCACACGGACCCACUGGGAGGAGCUGGUGGAGUGAAAGAUGCUGCACUGGAAGAAGUUGUGGGCUGCUACAGCCCUGUGCAUGGUGCCUGCCCUGUGGCAGGUUUAUCAGUCCUUGUACCUGGGGCAUUCAGCCUCUUUCUGGAGCCUUGGAGACAUACUAGGGCCCGCGUCUGUCUCAGAGGCCCAGUCCUGUGGCUGCGUCAGCUGUAUUGUGGAGCUCGGCAGCUCAGCCUGGUUUAACGAACGGUACGACUCAGUGAUAAAUCCCCUGCUGACGAUGCACACCUCCGAGAUCGCCCCAGACGUUCUGUCGUGGUGGCUGAAGCUGCAGGGCUCGCAGAGCAGUGCCCAGUUCCAGGGAAUAAUCCAGCAAAUGUUUGACAUUCUUCCAUCCCCAACCAUGGAUGCUCGGCCCAUCUCCCGCUGCAGGAUGUGUGCAGUGGUGGGGAACUCUGGGCGCCUGAGGGGCUCCCACCACGGGAGAGAGAUCGACUCCCACCACUGGGUUCUGAGGAUGAACAGGGCGCAGACUGCUGGGUUCGAGGAGGAUGUUGGCACGAGGACAACGCACCACUUUAUGUACCCAGAGAGUGCUGUGGACCUCCAGCCUGGUGUCCACCUGGUGCUGGUUCCCUUUAAAGCACUGGACCUGAAAUGGGUGACCAGUGCCUUCUCCACAGGGAAACUGCGCUACACGUACACAAGAGUCAAACAGUUCAUUAAAGCUGACAAAAGCAAGGUGCUAAUCCUGAACCCUGCCUUUCUCAAAUACAUCCAUGACAAGUGGACACAGCACCAUGGGAGGUAUCCAUCCACGGGCUUCACAGCAUUGCUUUUUGCCUUGCACACCUGUGAUCAGGUGUCAGUGUUUGGUUACGGUGCGGACAGCGGUGGGAACUGGCAUCACUACUGGGAAGAGAACCGUAACCCUGGAGCCUUCCGCAGGACUGGGGUGCACAACGCGGACUUUGAACUUGCCCUCAUCACGAAACUGGCAGCCGAAGGCAAAAUCUCCUUUUAUAACUAGCUAAGGGGGCUCUGCUACCCUACGCCAACCCCCAGGCAAGGGGCGCUUCCUCCCGCGGGUGCGCCGCUCUCCACGCCCAGCCCCACUGCCUCGGGGGCAGGGACUGUUCGGGGUUGCAGCAGAACCAAUUACGCUUCAAAGCUAGAUACUGACCAUGCUGCCCCAUUCCUCUUGCUUUUCUUCCCUGCGAGGGGACGCUCUGGAGGGGGGCAUCUAGUUAUCCCGCUCGCCGGCCCCGCUCUGUCGUCACUCAGCAAUGGCUUUACCCUCUCAACACCCCAGCAGGUUGCAUUCACCUGCACGUCCGCCAAUGUGAUAUACGCCAUCAUGUGCCAGCAAUGCCCCUCUGCCAUGUACAUCGGCCAAACUGGACAGUCCCUACAUAAAAGGAUAAAUGGACACAAAGCAGAUAUUAGGAAUGGCAAUAUACAGAAACCUGUAGGAGAACGCUUCAACCUCCCUGGACACACAAUAGCAGAUUUCAAGGUAGCCAUCCUGCAGCAAGAAAACUUCAGGACCAGACUUCAAAGAGAAACUGCUGAGCUUCAGUUCAUUUGCAAAUUGGACACCAUCAGCUCAGGAUUAAACAAAGACUGUGACUGGCUCGCCAACGACAAAAGCAGUUUCUCCUCCCUUAGUGUUCACACCUCCACUGCUAGAAGAGGGCCUCAUCCUCCCUGAUUGAACUAACCUCGUUAUCCCUAGCUUGAUUCUUGCUUGCAUAUUUAUACCUGCCUCUGGAAAUUUCCACUAUAUGCAUCUGAGGAAGUGGGUAUUCACCCAUGAAAGCUUAUGCUCCAAUACAUCUGUUAGUCUAUAAAGUGCCACAGGACUCUUUGCCGCUUUUACAGAUCCAGACUAACACGGCUACCCCUCUGAUACAUGGCUAUGAUCCUUCACCAGAUACGUGUCUCAUGAAGAAGUCUUUCAGCCAUGCCCAGAUCAACGACACUGGAAGGCCUUUGGGUGAGCAUCGCUCCAUAAGACAGGAUUGUAACUAGUUAAGUAACCCUAGGUCCAAAUAGGGCUGUCAAUUAAUUGCAGUUAACUCAAGCGAUUAACACAAAACAAAUUAACUACAUUCAAAAAACAGUUGCGAUUAAUAGCAGUUUGAAUUGCACCGUUAAACAAUAAUAGAAUACCAAUUGAAAUUUAUUAUAAAUAUUUUUGGAUGUUUUUCUACAUUUUCAAAUAUAUUGAUUUCACUUACAAAACAG